AUGGACGAGCACAUCAAGGUUAUCCGUGCAUCCAUCAUCGACGGCGCUGCAGUAACGCCAAGGUAUAGAGAGCGGCAGCUUGCAAGCUUGCACGAAGCGCUGCUGGCAUCGCGCGCAGUCUUGAGCAAGUUGCUUGUAGACGAGGCCUCUUUGUCCAUGGACGAGGCCGUCGCACAGUUUCUCUUGACAACGAAAGCAAUUAAGACCUAUCACCUCUCAGUCAACCCUAAACACUGCUUAGAAGCAGAAUACCGACUCGCGAAUGGGAAGGACAACUCGACAAGGCGCAUACCCUAUGGCUGUGCAUAUAUCAUUCCUUCGAGUCGUGAUCAGUUGUACUCGACGCUCGUACCGGUAGCGGCUGCCAUAGCAGCAGGCAACUGCGUCGUGGUCGAAUUGCAACAAAGGAUGAUGAAACUGGGUCCUUUCUUGAAAGAGCUUCUGCUUGGCGCACUCUCUCACCAGACUUUUGCGGCAGUGGACAAGAUGCCGUUUGACGAGAGCUUCAGAAGCAAGCACUGCAUCGAAGUCGAUGGACGCGAAGACCUUAACGCGCUUACGACCACAAGAAGGAUUAGCACAAACUCCCAUCGUGUCAGUGCUGUUGUCGACAGGAGCGCAGACAUCGAACAUGCUGCCGAAGAGUGUAUCAAGGCACGAUUCGACUUUGGGUGUCAGUCGGCGUAUGCGCCAGACGUCGUACUGGUCAAUGAGUUCAGCGUCAAAGCAUUCUGCGUUGCUGCCACUGAAAGCGCCGUACAACAUCUCGCAAGCAGAGUCGACGGAAUGGUGGACAGCAAGCAGAACCCACUCUUGCGUGGGCGCAGUUUAGCAGCAAGUCUGCAAAAGAAGCUUGACCAUUCUUCUGCUGAGGUUCUCGUCAGCGGACGUAGAGGUACAGUCGUGCUGCUGAAAGACCGUGACAGUGACUUGCUUUCAGAAAAACUCAACUCUCCUCUUCUGCUCAUUGUGCCUGUCUCCAGUAUGGACGAUGCAAUCAACUUUCUUGAACGGGACGGCACACCUCUUCGAGCAUCCUACUUCUUCUGUGCUCCAGCAGCAGCUAAGUAUAUGAGUCAAUUCAUAUCAUCUGCAGUCUCGGUUGUCAAUCGUAUUCCCAAUGAGCUUUUGAUCGGACCUCCUGGGCCGUCUGGACACGCUAUCUCGAUUCAACCACGGUACACCACCGACAUGUUCUCGAUCGCGCAGCCUGAAUUCAUCGAGGUGUCAGAGCUUUCAAAGAGUUUGUCAGUGCUUGUCUCGCAGGACUCGAAGUCGAAUGAGAAGAGGAAAGCAGAGGAGGGUUUAGAAGUUGCGCUUGAUCGUGUGAAGGAGGCAAUGGGCCCGCCAAUUGGGUUCUUUGAGCAGGGUUUACUGUUUGGCUUGGGCUGCGUAUUGAUAUCGGCUAUCACUGCAGGAGUAUUUUCUGUCAAACAUGGAGGUCCACUAGUGUUGGCAAAGUUAAGAGCACGAUAG